AUGGAGGAGCCCCCGCCGGCGGAGCCUCGGUCGCAGCGGUUCGUGCUGUGGCUGCACGGGCUGGGGGACAGCGGCCGCGCAAACGAGCCGGUGGCCGGGUACGCCUUUGCCGGCGCCCGCUGGGCCUUCCCCACGGCGCCCACCGCGGCCGUCACAUGCAACCGUGGCAUGUUGAUGCCGUCGUGGUUCGACAUCCACGACACGCCCAUCACCUCCAAAUCCGUGAGGGGCGAGGCGGACGUGCUGAGGUCCGUGGAGAGCGUGCACGCCAUGAUCGACCGGGAGAUAUCCGCCGGAACAAGGCCGGAGGACGUCUUUGUGUUCGGGCUCAGCCAGGGAGGCGCGCUGAGCAUCGCGAGCGUGCUGCUGUACCCCAAGACGCUGGGCGGCUGCGCGGUCUUCAGCGGCUUCCUCCCGUUCGGUGCAUCCUUCGCGUCCAGGGUGACGGCCGAGGCCAAGAAGACGCCGGUGCUGUGGGUGCACGGGCGAGCAGACUUCCUGGUCCCGAUCGAGGCCGGCAAAGACGGGACCAAGUUCCUGCGGGGACGGCUCGGGAUGAGAUGCGAGUUCAAGGUGUACGACGGGCUCGGCCACGAGCUGGCGCCCUACGAGCUCCAGUACUGCGAGCGCUGGGCCGACGGCGGGGGUGGUGGCUCCAACGACGACCCAAGGACAAGAAGCGUGGACCGUGGCGUCCCGAGGACCAGGCGCUCCUGCAGCUGCGGAUUCGGCUUCUUCUCUUGGUCGUAACGGACCGUGGAUCGCCCAGCGGAACGACUUUAUUUUUCCCUUUCCCUUUGGUGCUGAUUAUUGAAAAAGGUCCAUAUUUCAAAUGGUGGAGACUGAAAUCUGACUAGGGAUCACACAUUUUGACUUUCUACAUGCAUUUCUCGCCGCAUCACACUAACAUUAAGCACGGAUAACAUUUCCACCCUUCGAGAGUAGUCCUAUUCACGAUUUCUUAAUGACCAGUUUUUUUUGCGAGA